AGUUAUUACUGAAUCUUUUCAUGUUACAACCAUUUGCAAAAGGGCCCAAUAUGAUAGGCUAUUUUAGUUCACAAAUGAUGGUUUGGGCUGAUUAUCCCAGACUCAAAUCAAUCAUGCACUACUGACUUUAAGCUAUAGUCUGUAAAAGCUCCUUCCUCAUCAUUGUCUCACGUGAUGUUAACCUGAAGCCCACAGAAUUCAGUGCCUAUAAAAACAAGGAGAAACUGAUUGUGCGACAUCAUAAGCUCACAGCACAGCCAGAGCAAUGAACAAUUAUAUCAUAGUGUUAUCUUUCUGUCUUCUGGCUAGCUUCUUGUACGUACCAGGCUCAUAUGCAGCUCAAGGCCUCAAUCACACUUUCCACCCGGGAAAUGCCUACUCACGAUAUUACACGUGGGCAGCUUAUAUAUCUGGAAGGAUAGAGCUUGCAUUCAAAACCUCUGAACAGAAUGCUACUCUCAUCUACACUGCUAGCAAUGUUCACCUGGUUCACGUUGCUCUACAGAAUGGUAGGAUUGGCUGUUCAGCAAAACUCGCUUCAGGUUCAACUGACACUGGUCCUCUAAUGCAAGGUACUGGUACUGGCCUAUUUAAUGAUGACCAAUGGCACCAUCUCAUACUCAUACACGAUACACGUAGAAUUAUAGUGAGAAUCGAUGACAAUUUGGAAACAAAACUAUCAGGCAAAUCGAAAUAUUAUGCUCUGAAGACUGGUACCACUCCACUUUAUAUUGGAGGCAUUCCACUUUCUGUCAAACCAAGUCCUAGUAGUUUCAAAGGUUGCAUUAAAAACGUACUUAUUAGGAACAAUACAGACAGAGUGCCUUAUUGGCCAUCCUAUGCAGAACCGGUAUUCCAGAACAUGACAAGUCCUGGAUGCAUAGAACCAUGUCAGGAUCAAACCUGCAGGGAAGAAGAGAUAUGUAUCAAUGACUGGUCUAAUGGAGUGGGUGUGUGUUCCUGCGCUGGAAGAAAUGAAAGUUGCUUUGAGAGUAUUACUGAAGGACCAAUAUAUCUAAACGGAAAAAGUUAUCAAUGCUACAACAUUCUUGAUUACGAUUCCUUUUCAUCUUACCUUUCCCUUAGAUUCGAGCCCCCAUAUCCUCCUAAUGGUGUCCUCCUCACUUUUCACAGUAAUUCUGACUCUCUUCACAUGAUGGCAUCUCUUUACAUUGAGAACUCAAAGCUUCAUUUUGCUGUCUACAGAAAAAGAGGCAGUAUUAAUGUCGUAAGCUUUAACAAAUCUCUCCUCUCUGACAGUGUCUACCAUUUCUCGUUUUCAAUGAAUGGUAGCAUUACCUUUCAAUCAGAAACUUACAAAGAAACCAUCAAGAUAAGAAAAUCUAGCAUAGUACACAACACGACUAAAAUUUGUCUUGGACGAGGUACCUCAGAGCUGCAGGCAUACAAAGGGACAGUUGAUAUGCUACAGAAAGGCCUUCAAACAUCUCUUGAAGGUCUUCCUCUGAAUCCUACAAGGUUGCAGUAUCUACCUGGUGAUAGUUGCAAGCACCUUUUCGUUCAGCAAACUACUCAGUCAAAAUGUGAAAGCAUAUCAUUAAGAGUAUGGAUGGAGAGACCAGGGACUCUAAUCUACAUGAGUAAAGAUGAUCAUAUGCUCAAUAUACAGUUAGAUGAAGGAAAUAUCACUAUCGACAAUGGAAAUAUCACCCACAGAGUCUACAGUGAAGUCAUCACUAUGAAGACAUGGCUGCCCAUCUCAUUUAAAUUUUUAUCUUUUCAGGUAAGAGUCAUUGUUGAUCAUUUCGAGAGUGCUAUUGGCGACAGAAAAUGGGCAAAGACCAUUCAAGCUAUAAGAAAUGAAACUAUAAGCAUUGGAAAGAAGCCAGCAGCUAACAGCACACUGUUUCAAGGAUAUAUUGAUGACUUGAGUGAAUGUCCUACCAUUUAUUAUCGCUGCCCAACUGCCUUGUAAGAAUACAAGACUAAAGAAACUAUAAUUAGAAACUGUAAUUAAUAUAAUUGUGCUAAUUUUUAGAGAUUUUCCUAAUAGCCUUUUUGACAUUGAUUUUU